AUGAACCGCAACAUGAGGCGUGGACGUGGAGCUGGUGCCGGUGUUCAACGCGGACCUCUUGGGACUAAUCAUAUUCGUAAUUUAGAUGAGGAGCUAGAGAUUUUGCAGCGUAGACGGGAUCUUUUGCAACGUGAACAAGCAUUACUUGUUAAUGAGCAGAUGUUUAGCAGAAAGAGGCAGUAUGAAAAUGUACCACACUCUCAAAACUUUACUCCAUUUAAUCAACAAGCCGCCCAAUCUUUCUCUCACUUAUAUGACAAUGGUCCUGGACCUAGCUUUAAUCACGGUGGUGGUGCUAAAAAACGUCAUACGAUCAAUGUUUGGGACAAUGAUAUGCUCAAUACCAAUUUGAACUCAAAUAAUCAGAGAUUUAGACCCUAUAUGGGUCCAAAACCUCAACCAGUGAGUGCACCAAAACCCCUCAUGAGUAUCAAACCAAGCAUAGGCCACCGUAUCCAAGGAUUUUCUCAAAAUGCUCGCAAAAAUUUCAAUCCAACUAAGGUGACUAAACCUAAGGGUAAACCGCAAAACAAGGCCAAGCCCAGCCAUGCCAAUGCGGCGUCAUUGAAAAAAGCUUUGGUAACCUCUAAGGAGAAACCGAAGGAACCGGAGGUCUUGCGUGCCGAUCAAGUGCCUUCCAAGCAAAUGACCGGCCGCUUGGAGCUAGCGCUGGGCGCGAUAUUGAAAGAGAUGAGACAAAGUUUUUGCACUAGCGAAGAAUGCACGUUGUUGUUUAAUGCUAAACAUAUUCAGCGUGUAAUCAAAAACUUAAUCCGCAAAAGGCUAAGAGAUCUUAUGCUCAACAAAGUCGUCGGACGGUUUGCCGAAAUUGUCGCUUUAUACCGUGAGAAUUUUCCACAAAAGACCGACAAGGAAAUUUUCGAUUCUGCUGUAAUGACUUCAGGUACAAAUGAGAAAUAUAUGAGAUAUAGUGUUAAUAGACUAAUGACAAUGAAAUUGGAUGAAAUGUUCAUGAAGCUGCAAGAAUUUUACGGAGGUAAUAGAGAUGAGGGAAUUGCAAAAAUUAUUGAGUCCCGUCCGAGCAGCGUUACGGAAAUACCUAAAGAUAAAGACAAAGAUGAAGCAACAAUGACUCUAGAAAGACAAUUUUAUGAUACAUUAGUAGACACGUUACUCGAGGUAAAAUUGCCGAAAGUCCUACCGAAUUACACCGAAAGAAUAAUAAAAUUAUUAGAAAAUGACGAAGAAAUAAAAAAGGCUAAACAGUUGGCUAAGAAAGCAAGUCAAAACACCAAUGACGAAUCUGCUCCAAUCGAAAUAAAUGACAGUGAAACUGAAAACGAGGAGGUAAAAGCCCAACCCACAAAAAAUUCUGACAAUACAGAAGAUGAAGAGGGACAAUCCAAAGAAAGUAGUUCUGCUACAGAACAAGCAAAUAAUGGGGAAGGAACUCAAAUUGAUGAAACUAAAAAUGAUAAUGACGGUGUUGAAACAAACACUGCUAAAACUGGUUCAAAUGUACCUACUGAACCGAUAUCUAUAGCUUCUCAAUACUUUGUGAAGGUAUUUGGACAGCCAAUUCUCCCUAAUAGAGCUGAUGCAUAUAAAUUCCUAAAUCAGUUCAACGCUGUAAGCAUAAAGAAGCAUAAAGUUAUUCAAAAUCUAUUGGUGGUAGAAUUUAAAAAUGAGAAAGACUUGCAAAAUGCAAUAGCUAACAGCGGGGCCGUUGUAGGAAGUUCAAAACUUAUAAUAAAGGCAAAUGAAAAUCAGGAACACAACACUUCGUCUUCAUCUCUAAAAGAUGAUGAAGCAGGUAAAAAUACAUCCACAUCAAAAGAGAUCAUAACACCAGACCUUGAAGAUCAAAUUAGUGAUUUGCUUUCGUCUAUUCGUAAAGCAGAUGAAGAACAAAGAAGUGAUAACAUUAAAACUGAAGACAUAUCGCAAGAAGGAAAAGAUAUCAAAGAAGUGAAAAAAGAAACGCAAGGAACUAACGUCUACUCUCCUAGCAAUAUGCAUGACGAGGAUUCUCAGGGUCUGGAAACAAUUCAGGAAGACGCAGAAAACAAAAUCGCUGAAGAUAACAAAGCAACCCCCGAAAAUGCUUCUGAAGAUCUAGAAACACAAGGCGAUGGAAAUGACAAAGCCAUAAAAAAUAAAGAAACUGGCAAAGGCACACCAAUGAAGGCCACUUCUCGUCUGAGUAAUGUUACACCCAGUGCUAUUAGAACUAGACGCGCCAGCAGACUUGCGCAAAAUAAUUAG